UCUUUGUAUUCCCCUCUCUCUCUCCUCCCCUAAUCCCUUUUCCUUCUCUCUACUUUCUAUCUCCUCUAUACUCCCAAUCUCCCUUCUCAAUUUUCCGGCCACCUUGCUCCGCCUCUUCCGCCCAAUUCCAGGCCCACCUCCCCCUUUUUCUCUCUCUAAUUUUUGAAAAAAAUUAAUCUGUUUUGGUUUUUUUUUUUUUCAAGUUUAAGUGAUUUUCCCAAUUUAUUUAUUAUUUAGUUUUGUUGGUGUGAAAUUACGGUUUUAUCCUAAAGUGUCCCAAUAAAAAACGCCACUUGCCUGAUGUAACUAUACAUCUUUUUUAUUUAAAACCGUCACCCCCCUCCAAAAAAACAACAAAAUAACAAAGUGAUAAAUUAUCGAAGAGUAAUUUUACUUUUGUACCCUUACUCGUGAAAUAAUCUGGAAGAGAGAGACACGACGGACGGCGAGGAUGAAUCACACGAGUCGUAGCGUGGUAACAGCCACACGAAAGCGCAAAGAUAGAGGAGAGCUAGAGAACUCUUCAUUUUACAAGGGCAGUUUCGGUAACUCACAUAAACCGCUUUCCAUGGGUAAUAAUAACCAUAGCAGUACGACGUCGUCGUCAACAACAACAUCAAGAAUGGUUGAACCGGGUUUACUAAACCCAUCCUCUCCGGCUUCAUCGAAUCGGCUCUUAGCCGGCUACAUGGCGCACGAGUUUCUAUCUAAAGGGACUUUAUUUGGGCAGAAGUUUGACCCGGCUCGAGCCGAAGCCGUUCCAGUUUCGGCCGCCGAGCUGAAGAGGAGGCCGGUUCAGACUGGAUUUGAGACCGGAUUUAAGCCUAACCGGAGUUAUGCUGAUGUGGCGCAACUGUUGAAGGGUGACGGGGCCCACAUCCCUGGGAUUGUCAACCCUACGCAACUCACUCGGUGGAUCCAGAUGUGAGUGACCCGGAAACCCGAUAUUUUUGGGUUUCCACGUGGAGGGUCCACAUUCGUCUGUCACUCUUUACGGAGGACACAGGCAGGUGAGGGAAAUUCAAAUCAAACCCCUUACCCGUUAAUUAAAAAAAAAGGAAAAAAAAACUUGAACAACACUAGUUUAGCGAGAACACCCACUCGCCAGAAAAUGACGUCAUUUUCCGGCUGUUUUUUCCCUCUCUCCUCUGUUGUUGUCAAUAUUAUAAGAACGAGAGAUGUAGUUUUUUAUUUGUUGUUUAAUCGAUGUUAUAUUUAUCUACAUUAUUACAAUUCGCAAUCAGAAAUGUGUUUGUUAGUAUUUUGAUCAAUUUCAUCAUGUUAUUACAUUUGUGAUUUGUUUUUUUUAA